UGACCUUCGCACCACAAGCGAGAUUCGCACAUUCGGCAGUUCUGGUGAGGAGGAGAAUUUAUGUAUUUGGCGGUCAACUUCCUUCACAACAACCAGAUAAUGGCAUGUUCCUUCUUAGUUUCACGGGCACUAACAACACUGCUCCAUUAAAUUGGACGGAUCUGUCCCCUGUCUCCAAGGUUCCGGUCAAUAUUUCGUGGUCAACGGCGGUUUUCGGAAAGUCGCUUAAAACAAUAUUUGCAUUUGGAGGAAUUAUGUUGGAUUCGAUGGGAAACCAAACCGGUUUAUUGCUUAAGUUUAACAUUACUUCGAGAACAUGGGAAAAAAUCACGGCAUCAGGAACACCGCCUGUAAACCGGAGAGAAUGCCAAGCGGUUAUUGACGAUGCAAAUAAAAUAUAUAUUUUUGGAGGUUCGACGUCGUCUGCUACAGGAUCAAACACUACAAAAUGGUUGAAUGAUAUGAUUAUAUUAGACACUAUUAAAAUGAGUUGGUCAAUCUCAUUGUAUGACACAAAAGCAGACAGCUGGUCGGUAAAGGUCGCGACUGGUCACAAUAUCGACGGACGUGCGAGUCAUUCUGCAGUGCUGACAAAUGAUAGCAAAAUUAUCGUUUAUGGUGGGUUUAAAGACGAAAACGAAGUAGCUGCUUUUCCACAACUCAUAAUGUUGGAUACCAACAAUUCAACAUUUACUUGGUCCGCACCUCCUGUCAACACUGUUACCGCUCCGCCCGCACUGAAACUACAUACUGGACGUUACCUAAAUACACAAACGGUGUCUUCAAACACGAACCCAAACGUCUACAUAUUUGACUUAACGACCUUCGCUUGGCAACCUAU